AUGUUCGAGCGUAAGACGGGCUCGAUCAAACCUAUCAAACGUUGUUUUGGAGUAAGGCGUCCAUCCAGAGUUGGUAUGAAGGUCUGCUGGCUUGGGGCAAACAAUGAUAAGGAUUCCGCAGAAUCUAGCGGUCACGCCUUACUAGCAGAACAAAAGAAUGCCUCUGGUAGAAAUGAGCCUCACCCAAAAAUCAACGGGGUCGAAGUUCAGAUAAUGGGUGUUCGACACGAAUAUAAUCCUUUUCCUCCUCUGUCAAAAUUGAUCGAAAACUUCCUAUGGGCAUCGAUUUUCUGGACCUCAGCCGCCACACUGCCAGAAGAUGCCACUGUUAAUUACUCCCUUUUUACCUUGGCAUUGAACCCUCAUCAAGACGAGGGCACCCCGGCAAGGCACUCCGAGAUAAUUCUCUUUCUGUCAUCAUCUCCACAGUUCUCAGCAAAUGCCGAAACCGAGGCCUGCGUCCCUAGGGCCGACAUCGGUCAACUCGAUGUGGAUUCCUGCGAUCCCGAAAAGACUACUCUCAUUCAACACGUUAAGCUGCUAGCGCAACUUGAUCCCUCAGAACGGUUUGCGCCCUUCCUACACGGAUUCGGCCUCGUCGUGAUCACAUCACUCAAAACCCGAGAGCAACCCGUUGUGCGACGAGAAAAUGAGUCUGAAACGACACCCCCACACCACUUGGAGUUACAGUGUUGGACUCCACUAUAA